CUGUUGUUGUUGCUGUUGCCCGAUUGCGCCUCUCCUGCAGACGGCGACGGCUCCUUCGCAAAAUUUAUAGCAUUUGCUUAAAUUGUACUCUUGGUUCCAUUGUUAGACGACCGCAUUUACUAGGGGAACGUAUUUGCUUCGCUAGUAUUGCUGGAAGAACCAAAGCACGGCAAAAUAUCCGUCAUGUGAAAACAACAUCGCCAGCCAGUUGUAGCAGGCCCUAGAAAGCACUGAUAUACGACGGAUUCCACACUUGCAGCUGUGCACUCUGGCCAAUAGCAGCAACCCAACUGGACUAUCAGUGAAAUAAAUAUUUCUUAUGUAAGCAGUUCGAUGUAGAAAACGCAAAGGUUCAUACUGUACAUUUGUAUCCAAAGAGUGCGAUUCCCUCAAUCGGCAUCUGGGUGAAUGCAUCAACAAACGGUAACGAUCGGUGGCGGCAAUAAGCACAAUGCAAAAGUUAGAAACAACAGCAUGCCAAGAAGCCGAUUUUAUGCUAAAUGAUGCUUACUGCAAGCUAAGAAAAUCACCUACGCGGCAGUCCUCCUUGCUCAUCGAUCCUCCGCCGCACUAUCCGAAUCUUCCCAGUCCAAUACUUAAUGACAGCACGCCACUGUUCAACACUUCGUCCUCCGGCAACAGUCCAAAUCCCGCAUCACCAUCAACUACCUUCAGCGCUCUUAGUGCUGGCCAUCACACCACUUCACCGCCGGCAACAUUACUGGCCUCCCCGUCACCAGCGUCCUCACCUACCAGCAGGACGACGACGUCGACGACAACAACGGCUGCAACAACGACGGCAACAAUCACACCGGCUACUACACCGACGGAAAAUGCUUUGAAAUCUUUCGGUAGCUCUUCUUCCGUCAAUUUUAAUCAUCAUCACGUGGAAAAGCGACUGGCAUCUGAUUCGACGUCCUGCUACGGAAGUCCUUCGAAAAAAACCAAACUUUCUGCCGCAUCGUCAGCCUCCACAUCGUCAUCGUUGUACUCGUCAUCGGCUGCGUCGUCGUGUAACGUCUUCACACCAUCGCCAUCAUCGUCUUCCGUCCUUUAUCGUCAGCAUCACCACCAUCAUCAUAACAGUGGGGGAGAUGCAGGAAGCGGAGGAAGUAACAUCAGUGGUAACGGUGGUACCAUGCCUAGCUCGGUAUUGCAACAAACGCAGCGGCUGGUCGAUAGUCAUUUGUGCUUCUCGCCACCAGCAAGUGGCACUACCGGGCAUGGAGCGGCAAGUGAAAGUUUAAACAUACAUGACAAGCUCAGGGAAUUGUUUCUGGAGCUGCUGGUGGAGGACUGUAGCGAAAGCGACAGACUUAGCUUAAGGAAUACGUCUUUUCUGCUGGAAAAGCUAAUACUGCGCGAACAGCUGAACACGCUAAUAGUGAAUCUGUACCCGGGCAACAAAGGAUAUUCGCUAGCAUUUCGAAUAGGAUCGCAAGAGGAAGCGGGUCGAAAUGUCUCGAAGAGUGGAUCAUCUGCAAAUCUGACAGCCUUCUCGUCGAUGGGCACGGGAGUUGGCCCACCGUCCACCUCCGGCAAUGAUUCCCUGACGUUAAACGCUACGUUAAACGAUCUCAAUAGUGAAAAGCUGCAGGAAACCAUACAAUGGCCAUACGAGGAAGAAGAUUUGCUAGACUCCAUCGAUCGAGAGGAGCUACCUUUGGUGUUAGUGGACAUACUGGAGAGUAAGUGUCCUGCGUUGUUCUACUGCGGUUGUGUGGUGGCGGAGGUGCGCGAUUAUCGGCAAUCGUUUCCUAUUUUUACCUGUGAUACUUUCCACGUGUUACUGAAACCCACCAAUCAGACCUUGUUGGCCGAUGUGAACAUCCUAACGGCGGAAGGAGAAUGGAGUGCUGAGGACAAGCUGGUGCUUGAAAGUCAGCUCGUACUGGCGACCGCGGAACCGCUUUGUCUCGAUCCGAAUCCGGAGGUCGGAACGAUGUCUAUCAACCAACAUCACCGAAGGCAAUUGCUCAACACCACACCCAUUCGCCGGCAGGCUAAGAAGUUUUCUCAGAUCGCAGUCAAUCGCAAAAGGAAAACCGACCAAUUCACACACAACUUCGGACUAGAGCUAAGCGAUUUUCUUAACAAAUUCCGGCAACGUCCACCUCGUCAACAAAGCGUGCGGCGUGGUGUGGUCAGCUUCACUCUACCGAAGAAGCCUUCCGAGGUGGUUCCAACCGUAAACUUGCCCAAUCUGGAACUGCCCGAACUGGCGACACCUUCGGAGGUGAACGUGGAAAAGUACGCACGCAAGUAUGAAGCUCCUAAAGAGAGCCGUGACUGCAUACCGCAACUGAUCGAGGAGUACAUUCUUGAAACGGACCGCGUUGUAAACCGGGGCGACACACGCGUCUAUCAUAUAAAGCUAUCCAUUUUUCAACGACCGUCGAAUUCGGAGUAUCUGGGCGAGUUGUACGUUGAUCGGGACUAUCGUGAGAAUGAGCGAAAUGGUGAGGCUUGCCAAUUUUCACUAGGUACACGAGCACACGCCCACCGGUACAUACAACAGUUUACGGAAAUUUUCACCGAAGAAGGAAGAAAAUCGGUCAAAAUUACCCAUCUGGUUCCGGGACAGGUUCCCAAAGUGUUGCACACUGCUGGCAUGCGCGAACAGAACGUUCAGCAGCAGCAGCAGCAACAGCAACAACAACAAUUGCAACAGCAACAAUUGCAGCAGCAGCAACAGCAACAGCAACAACAACAGCAGCAAUUGCAGCAACAGCAACAGCAACAAUUACAGCAACAGCAUCAUCAACAGCAAAUACAGCAACAACAAACACUGGUACAACAACAGAUAUCUCAGAUACAACAACGACUACAAUCUCAUCCAACACAAGCGUUGCUUACCCGGUUGCAAGCGACCAACCCGGCCUUGGCAUCACAGAUUGCUACGGCAACGGGUGUUAACGGUAACAUCACACUGAAUGCAACGAAUCCAAACACACUUCCUGGCAAUCAAUCACAGCAGGCGCCGCAAACAACAUUAACCACCGCCCAGUCGACCGUACACCAGAAUUUGUCCCAUCAGCACCUUAUCUCGACUACAACCACUGGUCCGAAUAUAAUAAGCAUUGGACCGGCGGUGGCUUCAUCGACGACCCAGCCACAGCAGUCUCCCGUCCAGCAGUCACAGGCACCAGCACAGAUUCACAUACAACCGCAACAUCUGAUAGCAUGUUCUGGCCACCAGCAGCAGCUGUUUAAUACAAACCCCUGUGAUACAAACAACGCUUCGACCAGUAUCGUAGGCACUGGCGCAGGUUCGACAUCGACCAACGUAGCAACCUCACAAGGUACGACUAUUACACUGCAAACCCAGCCAUCGUCACAGCAACAGCAGCAGAUCCAACAAAGUCAACCGUCACAGCAGCCUCUGAGCCUGAGCAAUGGAUCACUGUUGCUAGUGCAACAUGGUGGGCAGAUAUCGAAUCUAACAAUGACGACCAAUGCUGCAGGGCAGCAGCAAUUACUAGCAACGUCUGCUGGUACGGGAACUGUUGGUAACAACGUCGGGAAUGCAGUGAGCGGUGCACAAAGCUUCACCUUUGCUUCCGGUGGUGCUCGAACGCUUGGCAAUACUGUACCACUGCUCGUGCGUCUCGACAACAGUAAGGUGUCGCGUGACGCUGCGGGCAAUUUAAUAUCAACCAUUUCGCAACAAACAACUCCCGCUGGACAAGUACAACUGCAAGCGCAACAACAAAACGUGGUACAAAUUCAGCAGCAGCAACAACAACAGCAACAACAACAACAGCCGCAACAAGCGCAGCAAUUGCAGAACUCAUCUGGAUCGAUACAUACGACGAAUCCGGAAAUAAAGGCUAUUGCUAUAAGCAUCAUGAACUCAGCCAACCAGUUUACGAAUCGCCAGCAGCAGCAACAACAGCAACAACAAUCUAGCGCAAAGUCAAGCAGCAAUGCUGCUAUUCUUAGUCUCCUCAAUAGUGCACCUGCGGCGAUGACCAAUUCCCCGGUAUUAAGCAGCACGCUCACGUUGCCAGCUGGUAAAACAGUGACUGAGUUGCAACAACAACAGCAACAGCAGCAGCAACAGAAUCAACAGCAGCAACAGCACACAAUACACCAUCUUCAAACAGCAGGUGGAGGUACGGCGGCAACAAUAAGUGGAAGCGCUGCAGCAGCACUGUUCAACAGUGUAGGCGGGCGUAAGAUCAAUAUUCAACAAGCGCAGGCUAACCAAAACCGCAUUCUAAACCAUGCUAAUCUAAUCACCGUCAGCGGCGGUACGGGAACCAGCAAUCAUCAAACGCAGAUCAUCAAUAUUCAAGCCAGUGAUUUGCAGCAGCAGCAACAUCAAACUGGGGGACAACCGUCAACACAAACAGUAUCCCAGCAACAGCAGCAGUCGCAACAGGCAGGAAAUAUCCGCGUUACUAUGUCCGCGCUUGCUACACAACUAGCAUCACCGCCCGCAAUUUUAACCACCUCGAACCUGCCCCAAAGUUUCAACGUUGCUGCAGCAGUCGGUGCUACAUCCGGUGGCAAUGUGACUGCAGUUUCCACGGCGAACGCUGGCACGUUUAGUGGUGGCACAGGAAUAUCGACUGCAGGGAGCAAAUUGAUUAUAAACAACGCGAAUCAGCGUGUGCUGAACAUCAAUGCCAACCCGGGUACGGCUACAUCAACGGCGGCCGUUGUUGCAGCUGCGUUCGGUGGAGCGAUAAGGCGUGUUAGCGCAACGGGCAAUACUGGAGCUGCUGAUGGUAUUCAGAUGCAAAUUCAGGGACUCACUGCCUCGCAGAGUACGUCAAACCUAACUGGAACGGGUGGCAACCUUGCUGGUAUCAGUGCGGACAGUGGAUUGCGUCGCACCGUUGUACCGGAUCAGCUGCAGAUACAGAGCAUCGCUUCGCCCGGUAGCGAUCACUCUAACGCUUCAUCCGUUUCACUGACCAGCAAUGGUGGUGGUGGCAGCAACAACACCACAGGCACAGUGAAUGGUGCUAAUGCAAACAACAUCAUCUUUAACAACAUGUCCGGAUUAACCGCAUUGCUCGCAAACAGUGCAACUUCUGCACAAGUGGCGCAACCCACAUUAGCUACCAGCAUCAGUGGUAGUGGCGAUGGUACGAUGCAGAACACGGUAUCUGUCGUCGGUGCUACGACCGUCGUUGGCCUGGGUGGGAUGCCGAACAACGCAAACAACAGCACCAACAUAGCCAGUACCAACAGCAGCAGCAACGCUACCGUGUGUGGCAAUAGUAACGCAAACUCAGCAUUAAUCGAAAGACUGACUUCAUCUAGUAGCUUAAAUAUAACUAAUAAUAGUAACCUGCCGGCAGCGAGUCCCGGAUUGCAGUUUACCAUACCUUCGCCAAAAACGCCUCAACAGCAAUCUCAAGCGCAUAUGCAGAUACAAUCACCUGCUGGAUCGAUAUCGCCUCUCUCUAGUCCUCCGCCCCAGGUCACCAUCCAUCCGCAGCAGCAACCGCAGCACAGCCAAAUGCAGGCGCAAGCUGGGCAGCAGCAGCAGCAGCAACAAUCUACUACGGUCAAUUUGCAGGGACUGAACUUUGCCAGCCUACACGGUGCAAUGACUUCCAUACCUGGAUUGCAAAACGUGCAGGUACAAAUUCCAGGACUUGCGCAGCCGAUUUCGUUGUCGCUUUCAUCAACACCAGCCGGAGGAGCAACGGGCGUGUUAAAUAACACCACUGCAAAUACCAGCCUACUAGUAUCAGUCCCAGUGACCAACACAACGCAGGUUGUGAAUACCAUUAAUGCCAGUGGCACUAGCAACAUACUAUCCGGCAACUCACAGACGACCCAAACUGUUGUGCUCACGAAUCCACAGACGAGUGGUUCCAGUUUGCUCUCUCUGCCGAUUGCUCAAAUCGUUGCAUCCGGUGUGAAAGGGCUCGGACAGCAGGGUAUACGGACCGGCACACCUUUAACCGUUAAUACCGGACAGCCUGGGCAGCAAAUUCAGCUGCUUAAUUUUAGCCAACGUUCCCGCACCGGACAGUUGCCUGUGGUGAGCUGCUCCGGAACAACGCCGAUAACGGCCAAGCAGCUGGCAGCGCGUGUGGCCCAGCAUCGUCAACAAAUGGCAGGCGGAUCUACACUCAAAAUAGCCACUCCAAUUACUGGAUCCCAUAAUGCCGCACAGCUGAGCAAUAACUUAAACGUGACCUCCAAUACCACGUCGAAUCAGCUUAUAAUGAGUACGAAACAGUUGCAGCUCAAACUUCAGCAACAGCAGCACGUACAACAGCAGCAGCAACAACAGACCCAGCAGAUAAUCGCAUCUACUAGCAACCAACAGCCAGGUACGACGCAAAUACACAUUCAGCAGCAAUCACAACAAGCGCCACAAUUGUUGCAACAGCAGCAGCAGCAACAACAGACACAAUCACAAGCUACUCAGCAAAUCAACAUUAUCAACAAUACAGUGAUGGCGCCACUGUCGCUGUCUAGCCCUGUUUCAGUGACCAGCACUGUAGUGUCCCAGUCUGCAGGAGGUCAUCAAAAUAUAAACGCAAUUACAGCAGCGGCUGCAAGCGGAAAACACCGGCGAAGAUCGGCGGCAGACAUGAAUAAAUAGUAGAAGCACACGAUUAAUAGAUCUGAACUCGUAGGACUGCCACAGUCGUAAUCGGCAAUAUAAGAAUCGGUAAGCGCCAUUAUAGUUACACAUGCAUCGCUACGAUUACUACCAUUUUACAGCCCGAGGCAGUAAUGAAUUCUGCAUUCAUGGUUUAUGUGCUGUUGUUUGUCUGGUUAGAAGCGAGCGACAUAUUAAUGAAAGCAACUCGACGGUAAAAGGAAACGAAAAUGUUUCGUUCCAUACUACCAUUAUCGCUACAACGCACUGCUCUGCUGUAGGUGUAGGGUGAAUAGUUUUGAAAAGGAAUUUACAUAUGGUUACCGUAAGCGGAUACUAAAGCGGUUGGUGUGAAACUUUGUUACGGUACCUGCAACAGCGAAUAGACGGGCGUCGUAAAUACUGCAUAACGGUGCAAGAUGGCCAAAACACUUCCCAUAGCGAGAUACGGCACAUCUUUUACUCUAUUGUACCUUUUUUUUACCUUGUAAUAAGAUUUUUUUUAAGCACUUACUUCGUUACUGUGUUAGGAUGUGUGAGGACGAUACCUUGCCUCAAGUAGUAGUUUUAUUUUACUUUCCGAAGUCGUCAUUCUUAUUUGAUUUUGUCCUCUGUACCUGCAGAGGCUCUCGAGGAUUAUUUAUUCAUGCCAGGGUUUCAGUAAUGUGCUCUGAUUGUGGACCCUGUUUCGCAAUGUGUCCUUUUUGGAAACGUUGUCUUGCCCCCGUGAGUGAUGGUUUUCAUGUGAAACUUUCGUACAAAUUUAAUUAACAUUUACUUGUCUUAUUGAAAGCUUCCCUCUAACAACACCGGCCGUAUCUUGUUGUUGCCAGUUUUGACGUUGUGUAUAUCUGUUCUUGAUGUUUAGUGGGCUCAACAAUAUGGUGGGAUAUAUCUUUCCACAAACGGCGUUAGUUGAGCAAAAAAAAAAAGAACACUCAACUAGUCGGAAUAGACUUUGGUAAAAGCGAUAAUUAAAUGAUAAGGAGCCGACAACAAAUUUUGUACGCUGAACGACAACACAACUAAAACUUACCUUUCCUGCUAUAGUACAGCCGUAGUCCGUGUUCUCGUUCAGCAGAUAGCUUAAAAAAGUGGUAUUUGGUGGUGUCACUACUACUAAUAUUGCAUUCUAGAAAUGGAGCAUGAUGAACAUUGUUUGGAAAGCGUGAUCGAUCGAAAAAUUCAAACAGGAUGCAAUUCAGCAGAAAGAUAGAGCCAAAAAGCAAAUGGUAAAGGGUAGAAAGCGAACGGUAUGCAUUGUGGAUAAUAGUUUGUUGAUAUUACAUGUACCGAAUGCUACGGGUGAAUGAAGUAAAAUAGACAGCAGAAACAAAAUAGGACGUUUGUCGGAAAUCCGGAAAGGAACAUACAAUUCUAUAUAUAUAAAUAUAAAUAUAUAUUUAAAUAGCAAAUAAAAUUGCGCUGUUAGAAAGAAUAAUAUAACGCGAAGGAAAAGCAGGAAAACGGUAAAAGCAGUUAGAUAGACCACGGAUAAAGGAAUGUUACAAGAGAAAUCUUUCAAAUUUUAGUUUCUAAAUGUUGCUGUAAAACGAAAAUUACAACGCAAAACUGCGAAGCUACUCAUUUUCAAAUAUCUGACGCUAAACGCUUUGCGGUGAUAAAACGGUGAUUGUAUAUUGAUCCGCGCGACACAAUUCUAAAAGCAGUACGAAUCCAGGCCUUCCAAUCUGAAUCAGUUGGGUUUUGAGCUUUCUAAUUACGUUCAAAUUCGAUUGCAUCAUAAGUAGCGAGACAGACAGACAGACAGACAGCAAGUGUAAUGUGUUCAACAUAUCUAAGGCGCGAGGACAUCCCUUGGGAAUCGGUGUUUUAAUUUGAGUCAGUUUUGCUUGCUCAAGCGAAGAUUGCGUAAAUGCAGUAAAUCAUUUCGAAAGUCAUGACUGAAAAGGAAAGCAGCUGAUUUACUUUUGGUGUAAAUAAAUUUUGUAUUAUUUAAUAAAA